UAUAUCCCCCUCCUACUGUCUGUCCAGAGGCCAAUGUUUUUAAAAACCCAACCAACCCAUUUGGAAAGAUCUCAGUUCCCUCUGAAGUGUUGUUUUCAUCCCAUCAAGAAGAACCCCGAACGAGAAAGAAAGAAAAGGAAAUCCCAGAUAUGGGAAGGGCUCCUUGCUGUGACAAGGCAAAUGUGAAAAAAGGGCCAUGGUCUCCGGAAGAAGACUGCAAGCUCAAAGAUUUCAUUGAGAAACAUGGCACUGGUGGAAAUUGGAUUGCUCUCCCUCACAAAGCUGGUCUGAAGAGAUGUGGGAAGAGUUGCAGAUUGAGAUGGCUUAACUAUCUGAGGCCUAACAUUAAACAUGGAGAAUUCACGGAUGAUGAAGAUAGGAUCAUCUGCAGCCUCUUUGCUACCAUUGGAAGCAGGUGGUCCAUCAUAGCUGCUCAAUUGCCAGGUAGGACUGACAAUGAUAUCAAGAACUACUGGAACACCAAGCUAAAGAAGAGAUUGAUUGGGACUCUUCCCUCUCAAAGAAAACCACAGCAGCAACAGCCGCAACCACCCUUCCCAUCUCCUUAUGAAGCUUUCUCACCCCUUCAAAAAUCUCCCACAAGCCUUGCAGGUAUGCCUGCCCCACCAGACCUUUUCAAUGCUACCAGCUGCAUCUUACAAACCCAUGAAAGCUUUCCCAUACAUCACUACCACCAUCAUCCACACCAUUCAUAUCAAAUGAAAGAUGGAGCUUACAUGCUUGGAGGGGAGAAUAGCUGCAGCUCUUCUGAUGGGAGCUGCAGCCAGAUCAGCUACAGCAAGGAGAAUGGUCUACAAUAUGGAGGUGAACAGAUGGGGGUGAAUGACAGCUAUUUCUACGGUGGGUUGGAUGAAACCCAAAAGAUAUUCAAUGGCUUCAACGGGCCGUGGGGAGAAGUUCCAUUAGAGUAUGGUUACGAUGAGAUUAAGGAGGUGAUUAGAACUAUUCCAUGCAGUAAUGGGAUACUUAAUGAUGCAAGUGCAGUGAUGUUGGAGGGAACAAAGCCCAAGGGAGGAACAUGUACAACUGACUGUAAAAUCAUGGGAUUUCAAAGGUAAGGGGGUGGAGAUUUAGACCAGUCUGUGGAGUUGUGGUGUUUGAUCUUUCAUGGCAGAUUUUGACAGUACAUGGUAAAAAGAAUGCACCUCUUUUCUGUCUAUUUGUGGGUUUUUCCCUUUCUUUUUUCAUUUUUAUUAUAUUUUGUCAAUCGGUGAUUUGAAA